AUGGAGAGCAAUGGACUGCCAUUAACCGGGCCAGAUGUGGAUUUAAAUAAGAUUCCAGCGCUAAACCACAGACGGUCAGUUACUUUCAUGAAUCACUUCAUAACACACACCUCCAACUUUUUAAACAACUUUGCUGCUGUAACUGACGAACAGUUGGCAAAGCAGUCACUAGAAAUGCAAAAACUUGAGAUUGCUUUAAAAAUCUUAGAAGCAAAGUUGGAUUCCAUCCCUGGUUUGGAUGAUGUGAAACCAAAACCAAAGCCAAAUGAACCCCAAGAGAAUCCUGCAUCAGAAGAUCAAAAAACUGCUUCCUCUGAAGCCCCACCUCCUGCUGCUCCUGAUGCAGAGGAGGAACCACCAGUUGUUGAAAACUUUAUCAAAGUUAAAGAUGACCCAAGAUAUGCCAAGUAUCUUAAAAUGGUGAUGGUCGGUGUUCCAAAACCUGCAAUUGCAAAUAAAAUGAGAUUGGAUGGUUUGGAUCCUGCCUUGUUAGACACCCCAGAUGCCCCAGCCCCAGGUGCUGCCCCACAAGAUGAUAGUUCAUCAGAUGAUAGUGAAGCUUUUUCAUCUGACGACGAAUUUAGUGAUUAG